GGGGCGCCUACUUACCCUGCGUGUGCGGCUCCAGCCUCGUGGAACACGAGGGAGUCUUCUUCAACUUCGGGGGCCUCGACGAGGGGGGCCUCGCCAGCAGCGCUCUGCACAAGCUCGUGCCCCUCCCCAUUGCUUACCAGCAGGAGCUGUGGGCGCGGGCAAUGGACCUGGGAGACGCUUUGAGUAUUGUUGAAGAGUCUCUUAAUGACUUGAGUUUGUCGCUGCAUUAUAUCUUGGAAAGCCCUGCAGAGGCGGUCCGGCAGCGUAUUCAGCAGCAGCAGCAGAAGCUGCAGCACGAGCAGCAGCAGCAGCAGCAGCAGCAGCAGCAGAUCAACCACAACGACAGCCUGCCGGUUGCCAAGCUGACGCAAAUUCGAGAAUGGGUUGAGGACCUCGAGGACCAGUGGAUGCAUUCCAGUACGUGCUGCAGGAGGAGACUGCAGCAGCAACGGGACUCAGCCCGGGGGACAUUGUGGUCGCCCUCAACAAGCAGCAUCGCCCUCAACAAGCAGCAUCAGCAGCAGCAGGAGCAGCGGCAGCAGGAGCAGCAGCAGGAGCAGCAGGAGCAGCAGCAGGAGAAGCAGCUGGAGAAGCAGCAGCAGGUGGGGUUGAACGUAGCAGACACGCCCAACAGCCUUGACAGCAGCAGCAAAGGCAGCGCGCAGCAGGACCAGUCCCAGCAGCAGCAGCAACAGGAGCAGCAGCAGCAGCAAGGGCAGCAGCAAGAGCAGCAGCAGCAACAGGAGCAGCAGCAGAAACAGGUGCAGCAGCAGCAUAACGAGCGUCGGUCCAUUCUUCGCCACAAGGCAGCAGAGGAGCAGCAGCACGGAGACACGGGACAGCCUGCAGCACCAACUGCUGCUGCCACUCCUGCUGCAGCAAAUGCUGCUGCUGCUGCUGCUGCUGCUUCUGAAGAGGGGGCCAGCUCAAGGCGCCCCUCUGUCAACUUCACAGAAAGCCACCCUUCGUGCUUUUCAUACCCAAACGCAAACGCAGGGGCAGUUCCUCCCUUGAGAAACCCCCCACUGCGCUGUGUUAGGUUUUGGCAACAAGUGGCCAAGUGGGGCCCCCAACCCCCAGGGAGGUUUGGCCAGGGGGCCUCAGCUGUGGGGCCCCUCAUGGUGGUGUUUGGUGGGGUUGCUCUGUACCCUUUUGGGGGCCCCCCUUUUGCUGCUCGCCGCCGGGGGGCCUCUGAGGGGCCCCCGGGGCCCCUCAAAAAGCUGCUGCGCCGCAGCAGCAGCAGACGCGCGGCGCCCCCCAGGCGCUGCAGCAGCAGCAGCUGCUGCAGCAGCGCGGGCCUUGCCGGCGCACACAGAAGGACCAGCGGCAAGCUGCAGCCGCAGCAGCAACAGAAGCAAGAGCAGCAGCAACAGCAGCAGCAGGAGCAGCAGCAGCAGCAGGAGAGCGCCUCCGAGAGGCGGGAGACGCUGGAGCGGCUGCGGAAAGCCCGCGCAGCUUUGGACGAGGGCGGGGAAGCGCU